ACUGCCGUAUGGUCUCAACCAGCCGCUGCAAGUCAACACCCACUAAGCAAUCCGUCGCCUCAACUAUUACUGAGCAGCGGCUCACUCCUUCCUUUCGAUGGUGAAAAUGCUCUGGAGCCCACAUGGUAUGGGUUCGUGCAUACCGCCCGGGAUGCAGCAAUGGUUGUUGAAGCCUGUCUCGACGGAACCUUGAUCCAAUGUCCACGACGACCUUAUGAACGAGAAUGAAAGCACGUCAUCAAGAGCGGAUCCGUGUUUGUGUACGAGGCACUCGCGUCAGGCAUCAAGAGAUGGACGGACGGCCUGACUUGGAGUCCCAGCCGGAUCAAUGAUAACUUCUUCGUGUAUCGGGAGCUGAACGACACCGUUCAGCAGGGAUCGAGGAGAAGGACGGUCAAGCGUUUCGGCAUGACGAACUCGAGAGAGGGACGAGAAAGGAACUUGAACGGUGCAUUUGCCGACGCGAUUUCUAGGGCGUCCAGAAAUGAAGACAGGCCGUACAUCGGUUCCUGACGGAUUCGUACGACUUCAAGCCUGGAGGACUGGUGAAGAAGACGAUCAGUUUCAUGGUGGGAACUACACCCACCACGUCAUCUGCUAUUACACCCUUGAAGAUGCCAAGUCAGGGGGGCUGGCUCAUCCUCCUCAGGACACUACUCUCGCGUACACGCAACCUCGUCCCGAGUUG